AUGGACCAGGAGAAGCUCAAGCGCAUGCAGGCGCAGGUGCGAAUCGGCACACCCCGGCGCAAGACCAAGAAGGUGCACAAGAGCAGUGGGACGGACGACAAGAAGCUGCAGACGACUCUCAAAAAGAUGAACGUCCAGCCCAUCCAGGCGAUCGAGGAGGUCAACAUGUUCAAGGAGGACGGGAAUGUGAUACAUUUCGCGGCGCCCAAGGUCCACGCCUCGGUCCCCUCCAACACAUUCGCCAUCUACGGCAACGGCGAGGACAAGGAACUGACGGAGCUGGUGCCGGGCAUCCUCAACCAGCUCGGCCCGGACAGCCUCGCCUCGUUACGCCGUCUCGCCGAGUCGUACCAGUCGCUGCAGAAGAAGGAAGGCGAGGGCAAGGAAGGCGAGAAGAAGGAGGGUGAUGACGAUGACGACGACGAGAUCCCCGACCUGGUCGAGGGCGAGAAUUUUGAGGGCAAGGUCGAGUAG